AUGGCAUCGAUGGAUCACGACUACCACUUUCUUGAGAACUUGUCCUGGAGCCUGGCGCAUCGCUUUGCAGCAAGCACGUGGAAGACCUACGCGGGGGUCUCCCUAGACUACUACCGGGUACCCUACGAUCACGACGGUCGUUCGUCCUCAUCCCCACAUGGACACCGACUUCCCAACAUGCGCGUCGACGGCAUGUUCAUGGCUACAUGCCCCAAAUCAGAAGGUAUCACUAACGUGCACGCCGAAAGGAUGAUACUCGACUGGUUACAUAAUCAAGUUGUCAAUUCAAAAUGGCCGCCAGCGGACCGACAACUGCACACAUUACAUCUGUUCACAUUCUUAUCUCCUUGUAGUGGCUGCAUCUCGUGGUUGUGGAGUUUUCUACAUUUCCUCCGACAGAAUGGACUGAUGUGGAGAAUCCGAAUUGUCCUAGGAUAUUCCAAAUGGUACACGCCCUGGUACACGCCGCCAGGAGAUCUAAUUUAUCCUGGUCCUUUUCUUACCUUUCCGUGGCUUUAUGAACUCCAACAUUAUUUUCCUAACUUCAAAGUGAUGAAGAUUUAUUAAAAUAUAAUGAGAAUAAAAGAGUAGACAUUUAUUAUGUUUAUAAUAAUAUGUUGUGUCAAAAGGGGUAGGAUUUGCUUUAGGAAAUGGAGAUUUCAAAUUCGUAUUAAAAUAAAACAUUCGUUGCUUUUCGGAUGGCCAGCGAGAUUGAGCAGCGAGAUGGACCUCAAUUACUGGUCUCGAUGGCCUUCUGAAAACUUAUCUGACAUUUUCCGAGACCAAUAUAUAAGUUUUGUGGGCAAAAUAAAUUACCACCUGGCCUGCAAAAACGCAAUGAAAUUGUAAAAGGUACUGCUUAUCUCUUUUAUGAUUACCAUUGUGUUCAUUCUACAUGUAUUUGUACAGUGACAUAUUUA